CAGCAGAGACUUCCGGCGUCAAGAUAAAAGCUUAAAAACAAACAAACAAAAAAUAAUAAUAAUAAUAAAAAAUACGCAGGGCUACAGCUUAGCCGGUACUUUCGAAAGAUUCCAUUCCAAAAGGUCUGCGGUCCAUCUCGAACUUUUACCAUCUAAGCGCUCAGCUCAGUCAGUGAGAGGCAGAGAAGGAACCAGCAGCAUGGAGUGCGCAGGAUGUACAUCAACCUUCGUGUGACUUUGAGUACUGCCUUCUCCCAAAAUCCAAGUAAGGUGCACAGGAAGGCGGGGAGACGCGGACUCAGAGGGUGUUUCAGAGAUCAGCGACCAUGCUGCCAGCGCGCUGCCCGGGACUGGCCCUCCUCCUCCUCCUCCUGGGGUGCGCCGUGGCUCUUUGCCUCGGCCAAAACGACACGGAGCCCAUCGUGUUGGAGGGCAAGUGUCUCGUCGUGUGUGACUCGAACCCUUCCUCGGACGGAGCGGUCACGUCCUCGCUCGGCAUCUCGGUGCGCUCUGCCGGGGCCAAGGUGGCUUUUUCGGCCGUGCGCGGCACCAACCACGAGCCGUCAGAGAUGAGCAACACCUCCAUGACCAUCUACUUUGAUCAGGUUUUGGUGAACAUCGGCAACCAUUUUGACCUGAAGGCCAGUGUUUUCCAGGCGCCAAGGAGGGGGAUAUAUAGUUUUAGCUUCCACGUGGUGAAGGUCUAUAACAGACAAACCAUUCAGGUAAACCUGAUGCAAAAUGAUUACCCAGUCAUAUCAGCUUUUGCCGGGGACCAGGAUGUGACGAGGGAGGCGGCCAGUAAUGGAGUACUGCUGAUGGUGGAGCGGGAGGACCGUGUCUAUCUGAAGCUGGAGCGAGGCACCCUCAUGGGCGGUUGGAAAUACUCCACCUUCUCAGGCUUUCUGGUCUUUCCUCUAUAAUCUGACCUUGGAUGUGACUCUGCUUGGAAUGACAACAACAACAAAAAAGAACAACAUGAAAUUUAUUUUGAACUCCAAGAACUUGUCAGCCAAGGAAGUCAACGACAAAAUUCCUGAAUAUCCUCAACAUCCUCCAUCCUCCUCCUCUGCGUCCUCCUCCUCCCAUCAGUUUACUAUCUAGUCCAAUAUGACCCUUGGAGAUCCAAAAAUAUUCACAUCCAUCAACUUGUACUCACCAGGAUGUCGUGGUGGUGUCUUUUGGAUUUGGGCUGGUUUGGGAAACUUUGCCAAAAAAGGACAAAUUAAAGGAAGAGAGGACAUGACGUGGACGAGGCCACGCGUGUGUUAUGCUCUAUUUUAAGUUUUGUAUAGCCUUAAAGAAUAUAUGGUUUCCGUCUAAGUGAAGUUUAUGGAAUUAUGGACAAGCUGAGAGUGAAGUGCUUUCACGCCCAAAGCCGUCUUUUGCACGAAUGGAAGUUUAUUUUUCUUUCUUUUUUUUCAAUGUUUUGUGCUGUCAAUGGUGUUACGUUUGGAUGCUGAAAAUAAGCCAAAUUUGGGCCACAGGAAGAAGAAUUAUUUACGAAAAGAAGAGGACACCGAAAACGACUUUACUUGGAGAGCCCCUUUUUGCUGAAAAAAAAAGGAAUGAUUCUAUAAUUUUUAAAGUACAUUAUUCACAUGAGUGUGUUUGCGCAAUCUGCGUAUAGCUUUUGAUGGAUUUAAUGUUCAGUGACAUUGCUCACUAAAUGUAAACUGUGGAAACAAUAGACGAAUCCCUAUAUAUGUCCCGCUUAAUAAACUAUAUUGUAUUGUAUAGACUAAGCGUAUAUCUUUUAUUCAA